AUGAGUGUAGAAUUAGAAUCUAAUGCGAACCUCGAAGAAAUAUAUACUUGGAUGGAGCAAAUAUCAUUUUCCAAACCAAAAAAGAAUCUUGCUCGAGAUUUUUCUGACGGUGUUUUUAUGGCUGAAUUGUUAAAACGAUACUACCCCAGAUACGUCGAUAUACAUAAUUAUAUUCCUGGAAAUAGUAUUGCAAAAAAAAUAGAUAAUUGGUGCACUUUAAAUCGCAAAGUACUUUCAAAACUUGAUGUAAAAUUAGGAAAGGACGUGAUCAAUCAACUAGCAAACUCGCAACCUGGUGUUAUCGAAAAAAUUUUAAUCGAACUGCGAGCUAAAAUUUUAAAAGAUUGUAAUGCAGAUAGAAAUUCUUUAUAUGCCGAAUAUGAAGAAGACGAAAAGAAAGUUGUUAAGUCGGUGCUCAACCCAGAAGAAAUAGCAAAUAAAACUGUUCCGCGUCAUGUCUUCGUUCGACUAAAACAAGAAUUAGAAGAAAAGAAUGAAUUGAUAAAUAUUCUUCAUCAAAAAGUGUCUCACCUAGAAUCUCUGAUAAAACUGAAAGAUCAAAGAAUUACAGAUCUUACGUCACAAAUUAUAAAACCUAUAGAGCAAAGUAUUACACCAAGAACUUUUGCAGCUAGUACAAUUUCAAAACUUCGAACGAAAAUAUAACUCGCCAAAAUUUAAAAACUAAUCCUUUAAGAAUAUUUUAAAUAACAUUGUACUCCAAAAUUUAUAU